AUGAAUGUAUUUAUAAAAGCAGUGGGUUUAGCAAACAGUUCAUGUCGUGGAGUAGAAGUUUGUGGGAAUGUCACAAUUUCAUACCCUUUUGGAAUUGAACCUGGUUGCUAUAUUGAAGAUUGGAUUGCGAUAGAUUGCAAAAACACUCUUGGCUCUCCCAAGCCUUUCUUGAGAAGAUUAGAUCUGGAGGUGCUGGACCUUUCAUUAGAGGGCACACUUCACGUCAACUAUCCUAUAUCAUGGUGGUGUCCUACUGGUAAUAGCACAACAGUUGUGAGCUUAGCAUCAAGUCCCUUUGUCUACUCAAAAUUGAGAAACAUAUUCAUUGCCAUGAGUUGUGACAACUUGGCUUAUCUUCUAUCCAAUGAUAGCUCAUUAGUUAUUGGAGGGUGCAUUUCCGUUUGUGAGGAAGACACCAUAAAGACAAACGGCAGUAGUUGCAAUGGCGUCGACUGUAGCCAAACCACAAUCCCUUCAGAUCUCGAUGCGUUUACCAUAAGGAUACAGUCAAUGAACGAACUAAGUCCUUUUGAAAGAACCAAAGAUUGCAAGUAUGCCUCCUUAGUAGAUCAGAAGUGGUUCGAGGAAAAUUUAACAAACCACUUUGAAGUCCGAAAAAUGUCUCACGUUCCUGUGGUAUUAAAUUGGGAAAUAAAUGCAAACUUAUCUUUUCUUGUAAUGGGAAUUGAUUCAUCUCACUCAACCUGUCAGUUUGCAAAUCGUUCUUCGUCAUUGGGUAAUAUGAGUUCAACUUUUUCAUGUUCUUGCGACUCCGGCUUUGAAGGAAAUCCCUAUCUUGUUGAUGGAUGUCAAGGUAAACUUCUCGCAGUCUAUUAA